UUUGCAGCAGUGUCCGUCGCCGCUACGUGAUAGAUCCCCCGUUGUCUACUAGCUGCCACUGUCAUCCACGUGCUUUUCAUGGCCGACGUCUUUCGGAGGCUGCCGCUGCUGCUGCUGGUCGUCCUAUUGCUCCUCCUCCUGGUUGUCUUCCACGUGUGCAUCCUCGGCGGCCUUCCGCGCCGUGGUCGCAGAAGGAGGUGUGUGAAGAACAACGACAGAAUGGAGGGCCGGAAGGCGAUCAGCGGGUCCGCAGGGGAGCGCGGUGGGGGGUGGUCCGGGCACAGCCCAUCGAAUAGUCCAAGGCCGUCGGAGCGGUCCGGGCACGCGCACCUGCCACCGCACUUGCAACCUCUGCCUGACACGGACGACGAGGAAGGGGACGAUAGACGGUCACGGACCGUGCCGCUGGGAAGCGGAUCCACCAAGGAGUGGGCGGCUACAGAGCUGUUUGGAAGCCGCGACGGCGGUAAAGGGCAGUCGUACACCGAACUCCUCCAGCAGGGGCUCAGCGACACCGAUGGCGAUGGCGGCGUGAAUCUGUCGUUUGGACUCGGCAGCGGGAGGUCGGCAGUCGUUUCUCGAACGGUCGUCGUGAACCCCCAUCCCGACGACGAUGGCGGCGACGUGACGGCUGUUCAGCGAUCACCCAGGUCUCCAGCGCCGCUGCGGGAGGCUUCGGAGAACAACAACGAUCCUCCUAGGCAGCAAUUUCGAUCGCCGUCUGUGUGUAGGGGUGCCUCCGCUCGCCCCCAGUGGAUGCAGUCUCCGUCUCCCCUAUCCGCCAGUUCGAGUGCAGGUCAUCGUGUUGGCGAGUGUAGGGAGACGGCGCCUGCCGUUGCUGAUGUUGGUGACGCACAUGACGGAAGGGAGGUGUGGGGAGAACAGCGACGGUUGAUGAGGUCAGUGCGGGAGGAGUCCAUAACUCGGGGGGUGCAGCGAUUGCGUGUUGGGGAAGACGGGCACAACGGCGAGGAAGCAGGGGCGGACGUGCACGACCCCGACUGGAACGACAACGGCGUUGAAGGUUGGGAGGACGACGCAGCCAACAUUUCGCCGUCGAAGCAGGCGACCGCUAUAGGAGGGAGGGGCGGGAAGACGAAGUCGUGUGGCGGUAAUGGUCGUCGGGGCAAAAGGACAACAGGCAAGGGCAGCGAUGCCGAAGGUGACGUCGAUGGUGAAGGAGGUCGUCACUUCUGGUCCGUCGACGACAUUAUAGCCCUCAUCCGGGCUAAACGUGAUCAGGAUGCGCAUUUGCAGGGGAUGGGCCACGCGUACGCUCGGAUGAAGCCGCGAGAAUGGAAGUGGCUGGAUGUGGCGACGAGGUUGAAGAACGUGGGUGUCGACAGAGAGGCCGAUCGGUGCGGGAAGAAGUGGGACAAUCUGAUGCAGCAGUUCAAGAAGGUUCAUCAUUUCCAAGGACUGUCCGGGAAACAGGACUUCUUCCAAUUGUCUGGGAAGGACAGGAUGUCGAAGGGCUUCAGUUUCAAUAUGGAUUGUGCGGUUUACGACGAGAUACUGGGGUCGACCGCCAAGAACCACACCAUAAACCCGAGGAACGUCGCGGACACUGGCGCUCAGGGUAGUGUGCGUCUGUCGUCCGCCUCCUCUGUGGAUCCUGAAUCUGUGGGCGACGGGGACGGUGGUGCAGAGCACGACGACGACGACGACGGGUCCACCAAAGGUUUUUCGCAAACGACGGGUGGCGCAGGCGGUUUCGGCAAGAGGAAGAGCACAAGGCAGCAAACAUUGGAGGCAAUGACGGAGUGCAUGGAGAAGCACGGGGCGUUAAUGGCGUCAACGAUGGAGAGCAACAACAAACGUCAUUGCUCCAUCGCCAUACGUCAGUGCGAGGCGCUGGAAGCGGAGAUCGAAGCGCAGAAAAAGCACUACGCAGCGUCAGACGAAAUCCUCGCCUCCUUCGUCCAGAUUGUCAUCGUCACCGCGAGUGCGUCUUGCGCCAUGUCCUCACGCGCUUCCGCAUGCGGUAAGGCCGCCGCCAACCUCUCACAACAACCGGCGACCCGGGAGAAGAAGGGCCGCCAUAUGGCCAGCAAGAAGAGGAAGAUCCUCGAAGGCGCCCCGGCACAUGGAGGUUACGUGCUGGAUGAAGAGUGGGUGCCGGAGGACGUGGCGACGCAGGAGGGGACGGAUUUCGAAAACUCUGACGACAUGCCGUUGCAGCGAAAGUCGUCCAGGCGGGGGAGUGGCGGCAUCCGCAUAGACGACGUUGGCGAAAGACGACGCGCAGGAGGGUGGCCAGCACCGGAAGACGUGUCAACGUUGACGCCGCGACGGCAGCCAGAGAGGGCGGGGGAAAUCGCGCGCCACUGCCACCGGAAUACGCGGGAAGGAAUGGAGGCGGCGGCGAAGCUGUGGGUGGAUGACCUCCGCUUCUGGAACGAGAGGGAGGGAUUUGCCAUCGUCAAGUUGAUUGCGGAGGCGCGCGGUUAUCUUGUGGCUGUGGCGCGGGGAGAGCCGCCUCCACCCAUUCGUCGCAGCAUCGUCUUGCCUCACAACAGCAUCCCGCAGCACAAGAUCGCGGACGAGUCGGAGUUAAACGCUACGAAGGAGAGGGCGCUGAAGGUUCAGGGGAUCGCUUUGCGGGUGAUACACGGGUGGGUCUUCAAGUCUCAGAACAGGCAAAGGGGGUACCACGCGGCGUACCAGUACACACUCAACCACGCGGCCACCGACAUCGCUCGCGCGAUGUGGAUGGGGGAGGACUGGCGUUAUUGUGUGAGUCCGAUGGUCGUCCACCACACGCUGGACAUGGAUAUGAAGCUGCCUUUGUGGUUCGUGGGCGCCGAUGUCGAAGACAGGCACGAGGACAAUGGCUUGGCGGCUUAUCAGGAGGCGAGUAUCCAGCGACUGGUGGGGGCUUUCACGAGCGCCGUGAUCAUUGCGGAGGCGACGGACGGCGGCCGUGUAUCGCACAAAAGGUUGAAGACCAUGGCCGACGCGAUGUGGAUGAUGCUCGCGACGACCAUGUGGCUCAUGCGGAUGGCGGGUGACGAUCAUCGCGCGCAUUGCGACGCCUGGGUCUUCGUCCAACUCUGGCGAAGCCGACGCUCAUCGCAUCCAUGCAUUGCUGCUUCGCCGCGCGUCGGCACAUCGUGCAAGCUGCGACCGUAAUCACCGACAAGUUGGCGAGUCCCCCCAUCACUUUGAUCGACCCUCCAAUGUAUGUUCCCAACUGG